AUGACCCUUCUCUCGAAGUCCAAGGAUGUCACCAUCCAUUGGGUCUUUAAGGUCUACAAUAAGCUGUUUGACCACCUAGAAAAGUCGAUUAGACAGCUUAGACGGAAGAGGGUCGCUUGGAAGCAGGUGAUGCUUGCAUCUCUCGAAGCGGCAAAGAACAAGCUCUCAAUCUACUACAAAGACACUGACAACAUGGAUGACUGGGACCCAGAGGAAGGCGGAAUUGAUUACCAAGCAAUCUAUCGCCAGAGCCUUGAGUCCUCUCUCGAGAAGUACUCAGAGAAUCUUGCCCAGGAGCAGCAGAUAGUGGAUGCUCCCCCAACGAGUACGGCAAUGGAUGAAUUUGAUUUGGCCUGUACACAGUCCCAAAUGCCCAACCUCGAACCUGGUGGAAAUAUCACCAAGAUGAAUUCUCUGGAAUGGCGAGGCUUGCAUGAGAUGUUCUUUCUAUUCCAGCUAGUGGUGCAGGAGUAG